AUGUCCGCCCCACCGAGGAAGAGCAGCGUAGGCAUGGAAACUCGCCAUAAAUCUGAAACAGCGAAGACAGGCCGCAUCCAUCCUGCAGCCUCGCCUGAGCAUGUGCCUGACCCCGGGUCUGAUGCUAACGAGCGCCUGCUAUGUCGUAUGGAGGUAAUGAUGCAGAGCAUGCGUUCGGACAUUGUCACUGAGUUUGAGCAGAUAGUAUCAGGGGUAGUUAAACGGGAGAUAGCCGCUGCCCUUCGUCCACUAGAAAGUGGACGAAAGUGCACUCUGAGUGCGCAGAGUGAAACCAUUAAUAGCUUGGAAGAUACUGCUACAGAUCAUGGUGGCCAGCUAACUAGCUUACAAGCUACGGUAGCUUUGCUGACCGAGCAGGUUGGCUCUCUGUCGAAGAAAUGCGAAGACCUGGAGGGGCGCUCAAGGCAGAAUAACGUACGUAUUGUUGGAGUGCCAGAGGGAGUUGAAGGAGCCCGACCUACUGAUUUUGUGGCCACUUUACUACGAGACUUGCUUGGUCUGAACGACAAGCCCGUUUUGGAUCGAGCGCAUCGCACGCUCCGGCCUAAGCCCAAGGAUGGAGAGCCCCCUCGCCCGUUUAUUGCACGUGUAAACCUUUUCCAACAACGCAACGAGAUUUUGCGUAGAGCUGGUGCAUCGGCGCCACUCCUAUACCAGGGGAAAAGGGAGUCCGUGUUCCCGGAUUUCACUGCCGCCGUUUCUAAGAAAAGAUCCGCUUUUGCUACGGUGAAAAAAUCGCUCCAUUCAUGCCCGGGUGUGAAGUUUGGCCUGUUCUAUCCUGCUGUGCUGCGUGUUACCCUUCCCGGUGGACAGACUCAUCGUUUUGAAGACCCAGAACUUGCAGCGGACUUUGUGACCAAACAUGUGAAGACUAUGGUGUCUCCUGACUCUAUCUGA